AACUAUUAGCAAUGCAUUCCUCAUGAGGAGGAACUUUCCAGCUCAUGGAUCUUCAGCCGCUGUCCCGUGGCAGUUUUCUGGCCACUUAGACAUGAGGAUGAGGAUUAAAAGGGCAUUUUUAUUAUUAUUCUAAUUGCAUCUCUACCAUGGUAGGCAUUUGGCAUCUCCAACCAAACUCCUACCUCAUCUCUCUUCUUUGUCAUCUUUGUAUGAUCAAAGGCAAGAGGGUGGAUCUUGGUCUCGUGGCCUGUGGUUGAAUAAUCUCUUGAGAUCUACAAGGGAGGAAACUGGCAAAGCAUGAUAGAGGUGACAAAUCGAGACAUCACGCCAGGUCACGACUGAUGGGACAACUCUAUCCAAAUUUGGAUCUGCGACAUCAAAGUCUGAGCCACGCCAUCUCCAAGGAGUUCCUCGAAACCUAUAUUAAGAGCUGUAGCCUUCUUGGGUUCAUAUUCUCUGAAGUUCAAAACAUCCUCAACAGACGUAUUCCGCAUCAUCAGGUACAGUCCAUGUUCUAAGGAGAUGUCUUCUUCUGGAUUUAAUAGUUGUGAGGACGCAUGCAACGAUUAUGGAAGUUACAUGGUGUCCGGAUCUUGUGGGGGCUGUUCUGGAGGGCGGUCACUCUGCUCUGAACCAUCGUGUGGGGCAUCGGGGUCUUCAUGCUGUUCGGGGAGGUCAAGAACCAUGGGGAGCUGCUGCAGGCCACCGUCUCAGCAGUAUUGCCCACCUAUGCAAAAGUACUGCCCUCCGGUCCAACAGUAUUGUCCUCCGGUGCAGAAAUGCUCCCUACCCCAGCAGAAGUAUUGUCCUCCAGUGCAGAAAUGCUCCCCACCCCAGCAGAAGUGUUGUCUUCCAGUACAGAAAUGCUCCCCACCUCAACAGAAGUGUUGUCCUCCAGUACAGAAAUGCUGCCCACCCCAGCAGAAGUGUUGUCCUCCAGUGCAAACGUGUUACCCACCCCAGCAGAAGUGUUGUCCUCCAGUGCAAAUGUGUUACCCGCCCCAGCAGAAGUGUUGUCCUCCAGUACAAACAUGUUACCCACCACAACAGAAGUGUUGUCCUCCAGUGCAGAAAUGCUGCCCACCCCAGCAGUAUUGUCCUCCAGUACAAACAUGGUAUCCGCCCCAACAGAAGUCCUGUCCUCCAGUCCAAUCUUGUGGUCCUCCAGUACAGCAAAGCUAUGCACCUUCUCAACAGUGUUGCUCAUCAACCCAACAAUACAGCCAGCAAGGCCACCAAGGCUAUGUCACCAUCGGAGGACCGGCGAUCUGCCAGACAAAACAAGUGUGCGCACCACCAGGACUUCUGAAGAAAUAGCUGCUGAGAAGGAUGGCCAUGUGCCAAUGACAACACCCUAAUCUGCCUUGCAGAAAGUUGUUUCCUUUC